UUUACGGCGGAGUCGGGCUGUGAUUUUGUGACACCGUAUGUUUUCAAACGUUCGUUUUGGCGUAUUUUCGUCCGCGCCGGCGUCCGCCAACUAGACGCGAUCGGGAGCCCGAACGGCCGUUCAGACGAUGAACUCCAGCGUCGACCUGUCCCGGCGGAAUCCGCAGGAGGAUUUCGAGCUGAUCCAGAGGAUAGGAAGCGGCACGUACGGAGAUGUGUACAAGGCUCGUAACGUCAACACAGGAGAGCUAGCUGCUAUCAAAGUCAUCAAACUGGAACCUGGUGAGGACUUUGCAGUGGUCCAGCAGGAGAUCAUAAUGAUGAAGGACUGUAAACACUCCAACAUAGUAGCCUACUUUGGCAGCUAUCUCCGUAGAGACAAGUUAUGGAUCAGUAUGGAGUAUUGUGGAGGAGGCUCGCUUCAGGAUAUCUAUCAUGUAACAGGACCUUUGUCGGAGUCCCAGAUCGCCUACAUGUCCCGGGAGACACUGCAGGGUUUGUACUAUCUACAUAACAAAGGCAAAAUGCACAGAGACAUAAAGGGAGCCAACAUUCUGCUAACAGACAAUGGCUAUGUGAAACUAGCUGACUUUGGUGUAUCAGCCCAGAUCACAGCAACCCUAGCCAAGAGGAAGUCUUUCAUUGGAACCCCUUACUGGAUGGCUCCAGAGGUGGCAGCAGUGGAGAGGAAGGGAGGUUAUAACCAGCUUUGUGAUAUUUGGGCUGUGGGCAUCACUGCUAUAGAGUUGGCAGAGCUACAGCCACCCAUGUUCGACCUGCACCCAAUGAGGGCGCUGUUUUUAAUGACGAAGAGUAAUUUUCAGCCUCCCAAAUUGAAAGAUAAAGUCAAAUGGACAAAUAACUUCCACCAUUUUGUCAAACUGUCCCUGACCAAGAAUCCAAAGAAGCGACCAACAGCUGAGAAACUGCUGCAGCACCCAUUUGUGUCUCAGCCUCUCAGUCGGACGCUCGCUAUAGAGCUGCUGGACAAAGCCAACAACCCCGACCACAGCACCUACAACGACUUCGAUGAUGAUGACCCUGAACCAGAGUCUCCAGUCUCUGUUCCUCAUCGUAUCCCAUCAACCAGUAGAAGCAGCAGGGAAGGAAAGACACUGUCAGAGAUAAACUUUGAUCAGGUGAAGUUUGACCCUCCACUGAGGAAAGAGACAGAACCCCACCAUGAACCGGACCUGCGGCUGGAGUACGGCAGCGAGUCACCUAGCCUUCUGGGAGGAAACAAGAGCCUUCUCAAAUCUGUGGAGGAGGAGCUUCAACAAAGGGGCCAUGUGGCACACUUAGGGGAUGAUGAGGAUGAUGAUGGUGGUGCUGAUGAUGAUGAUGAUGAAACUCACACUCACAAAUCAAGCACUAUAAUGAGGCCAAAAGUCCCACCCCCGUUGCCUCCCAAGCCCAAGUCCAUCUGCUCACCCCAACAACAGCAACAACCAAAACACGAUGAAGGCCAAUCGCACAGCGAGGACGACGGGGGUGGAGGAGGGACCAUCAAGCGCUGUCCAAUCCCGGAGAUGCCCAGCCCCGCUAAGGCCGCCUCCAACGUCCCCCCUCGGCCCCCACCCCCACGGCUGCCCCCUCACCGCCGCAGUAGCCUAGGUAACGGGUUAAACUCUGCGCAGAAUGGAGACAGGAACAGCCCUGCAGACAGGCAGUCCACUAUGCCCCCUAGUGUCCCCAUACGGAAAGACAGGAAAGACAUACCGAAGCCCAUCAGUAACGGCCUGCCACCCACACCCAAAGUCCAUAUGGGGGCAUGUUUUUCUAAGGUGUUCAAUGGCUGUCCUUUGAAGAUCCAUUGUGCCACUUCCUGGAUCAACCCCGACACCAGAGAUCAGUAUUUGAUAUUUGGAGCUGAGGAGGGGAUCUACACACUCAACUUGAAUGAGCUACAUGAGACGUCAAUGGAACAGCUCUUCCCUCGGCGGUGCACUUGGCUUUAUGUCAUGAACAACUGUCUCCUGUCCAUAUCGGGCAAAGCCUCCCAGCUGUACUCCCACAGUCUGACUGGUUUGUUUGAACAUGCCAGGCAGAUGCAGAAGUUACCAGUCGCCAUUCCCACACACAAACUGCCAGAUAAGAUGAUUCCAAGGAAAUUUGCUGUGUCCAAUAAGAUUCCAGACACCAAAGGGUGCCAGAAGUGCUGCGUAGUGCGUAACCCCUACACAGGCCAUAAGUACCUCUGUGGAGCCUUCCAGUCCAGCAUCAUCCUGUUGGAGUGGGUGGAGUCAAUGCAAAAGUUCAUGCUCAUAAAGAACAUAGACUUCCCCUUGCCCUGUCCGUUGGAGGUCUUUGAGAUGUUGGUGGUCCCGGAGCAAACCUACCCUCUGAUUUGUGUGGCUGUCAGCAAAGGGACCGAACUCAACCAGGUCGUCCGAUUCGGCACCGUCAACCCAAAUUCCACCUCUUCCUGGUUCACAGAAGCCGACACACCACAGACGUGUGUGAUCCACGUGACUCAGCUAGAGAGAGACACCAUCCUAGUCUGCCUCGACAGAUGUAUAAAGAUAGUGAAUCUUCAGGGCAGACUGAAGUCCAGCAGGAAGCUCUCAGCUGAGCUCACCUUCAAUUUCCAAAUUGAGUCCAUAGUUUGUCUUCAAGACAGUGUUCUGGCCUUCUGGAGGCAUGGGAUGCAGGGGCGGAGUUUUAAGACCAAUGAGAUCACACAGGAGAUCUCUGACAACACUCGAAUCUUUAGACUGCUGGGGUCAGACAGAGUGGUGGUGUUGGAGAGCAGACCUACGGACAACCCUACGGCCCACAGUAACCUCUACAUCCUGGCUGGCCAUGAGAACAGCUACUGAGAGACAGACACGUGCACACAAACACACACACACACACACACACACGAACACGUUCACACACCUCCUACCCAGCUUACGGGCAAGUCCAGACAAGAAGCCAGCAACCGGGAGAGACACAGCACGCCCCUUCCAGCACCGAUCCCACUUCUGAGUACCCCCUGAUUCUACAACACAACUAGCAGCUGAGCUAGUACGUGUCGGCGUUGCCCUUGUGGUGGCAGCUAACUAGAAAACGUCGUGGUAUCAAGUCUUGGCUUGGCUUAGCGUAACCUAGCACAGCUUGCCAUGUGGCUGCUGAACUGGUCACGCGUGUUUCUUAACUGCUGUCAGAGGCGCAAGGAUUUCCAGGAUGUCGAUGCAGGCCUCAAUGUUGUGAAAGGUUCAAAUUUGAGGGUCAGUUCAGUAACUGCCGCUAGUCCAUGGGGGGGUGGGGGGCAACUGAGGGCAAACUGAGGGCAGUGUGAUUGCUGGUUUUCAAUAAGUUUUGAACUCUACCAGAAACUGGUUGAGUUUACAGGAAGUAGGCCAGGGAAGCUGACCUGUGGAAGCCCAACAAGGGCAACCUCGACCCAGAAUCAUUCCUGAUGCUAUCUCACUUUCCCCUGUGUACUUCACCGGGAACCCAAACCCAACACCAAGACUGACUUCGACACUACUACUACUACUACUACUACUGCUGGUACUACUACUGCUACUACUACUACUGCUCUUUCUACUAUAAUUACA